AUGGAUCCGGGUAUUCUUUGUUUCCACCAUUGUGAUCACAAAGUUUUUUGCACUAUUAUACCCGAGAAAUGCCCUGUUUGCCAACAAAAACUAGAUAGAUACGACUAUAAUCUUUUACCAUUUAGAGUACCUUACCCGUUCGUGAAAGCCUCUCAGCAUCCACGAGGCAUAGUAAUGAAACCUACGCAAGGAGAUUUUCUCAAUGACUAUUAUAAUUCUAAGGACCUACAUAUAGGAGUGACUAACUCUCAAGGAUGUGUAAUAGAGUUCAGUCAGGAGGGAGUGAGUGGCAUUGACCUGGAGUCUAAAAAGUGGAAUGAAUGCGAGCGCUCCUUAGAUUGGGACCAAUGCCUUCUAUUAGAGCAGUUUGAUGAAGUGUGGAAUGAAAUUUGGGAUAGUGUUCUCUUAAAGGUUAGCUUAAGCCCUUUAUGGGAAGCAGAAAGGUAUCACGAAGAAAGACAUAAUUGUUUCACAUUUGUUCUGGCAUUUCUAAGAGCUCUUGACUGUGGAGAACUGUCUGAAAGAGCACAAGAUCCUAAACAGUUCUGCAAACAAUAUGUAGUGCCUAGAACAUCAGCUGCCGGAAAAUACAUAUCUCUUUACAGACAGCUGAAGAGACAAAGUUAUUUCGUUCAGAAACAAUGA